GAUUCCGAACUUGUUAGGACUCGGAGUAAAUAACCGAAUAAAUCCUAAAUUGCUAUAUCCAAAAAACCAGUACCAAAUCCGAUCCGAAUCGAGAACUGAAUAAGUAUCCGAAAAUAUCCAAAAAUAAAAUAUAUAUCUAAAAAUGUUAGUUAUAAUUAUACUUAUAAUUAUUUUAUUAAUUUAAGUUUAAAUUUAAAUUAUAAAUUAAAUAACUUAGUUAAUUUUCAAUACUUUUGUAUAUUUUCAGAUGAAAUAAGAUAGCUUGAUAGAAAUACUCAAACAAAACUGUAUCUAAUGAAUAUUUUUAGUUAUUUUUUGGUACAUUUGGAAAGUUUGGAUACAAAUUACCCAAACUAAAUCGGGUAAUAUAGUUACUUUAACUACAAAUAUCCGAACAUGUUUUAGAUAUUUUGGUUAUUUUCAGGUUUCUAUACAACAGAAUCGAAUUCACCCGAAUUCGGAAAGACACGACUCGAACCCGACCCAAAAUUUUGUAAUACCCGAAUAUGGCUUGAUUCCAAAACCUGAAAAUCUGAUACCCGAAAGAACCGAAACGAGUAUCCGAGUGCCAUGCCUAUUCAUCAUCAUGCACCUGCACAUUAAUUGUAUGCAUCAUUCUCAGUUCAGAUGGUAAUGGGUUAGAUAUAUUCGGGCUAAUACUUAUUGUAUUUUUUCCAUUGAUCUAACAGACUUGUUUUUGUUAGUUUGCGCCAACAAAUGGGCCAGAUAUAAGGGCUAAAGCUCACAAAAAAUUCCACACAAAGAGCCUAUUCUUUUUAUGGUGGACCUGGCUUUUUCUUCUGCUGCAUUUUUUUUUUGUGGGAAUAAUUUUAUAUGGAAUAAGUUAUUCAUGAAAAAUCCACAAGCUGAAUAAUUUUCUCCAUUGAUUCAAUAGGAUGUGGGAAAAGGUGAAUGAAGUUAAAAAUAUUCAGAAACAAAAUCAUAGUAAAUGGAAGAGAUGAAAAAAAAACUUAAUAAAAAAUAUAUACUAUUAAAAGAUUUUUAUUUGUAGAGAAAAUAGAUAGGUUUAGUUAGUUACGUUGAAAAAACUAGAUAUAUAUAUAUAUUAUUCUACUAUAUAUAUAUUUGAAUUAAUUUUUUUGAAGUAACUAAACUUUCAGAUUUGUACUAACAAAAAUGUACGAAUUUAACACUUGAUGUUUUUUGUUUAUAACCUUUUAUACAACAAAAUAUAGCAACAUGUUCUGAUUUUUUAACAAUCAUAUAUAUACAUGAUCAUACUUUUUCCCAAACUUAUUGAGUAAAAACAUUCGUAUGCUUAAAUUUAGCAUUGUUUGACUAAUUUUUGUGAUAAUAUAUUAGUACUAUACACAUUUCAGAUAUUUAUAUAAUAAUAUUACCUAAUUAGGUUGAAUUUAUUUUCAUUCCACAGUCAUUCCUUCAAAUAAUUUCAUUCAUGUUAAACAUGUAUCUUUCUUUUGGAACAUAUGUACUCAUUUCCCCCUAAUAUUCAUUUUCUCUUAUUACUAAACUAAAACUGAAAAAAAAAACAAACUUUAAUAGAAAUAAAAUCCCAAAAAUAUUAACCCUUCUUUCUCUCUCUUAUCCGCUCCUUCCUGUCUCUUCCCUCUCUUCCACCGCCGCCGUCACCCUCCUCCGACAGAUUCAAUCCUCUCCUCCUCCUCCGCCGCCACCACUCAUUACCUCCUCCGCUUGUAAGUGUUGCAGAGAGUUGGGGAAGCUUAGUACCUGAAGACAGGGCUCUUCAAAUCAAUGUCAGAAGCUGAUAUGGCCAUCAUUAAACCUGAGAUGAUGAUGAAAUCGUAUAUAUGGCUUGAAACGACUGAUGGAUCAAUCCAACAAGUGGAGCAAGAGAUUGCAAUGUACUGUCCCAUGAUAUGUCACGAAGUGCUACAGAAGGGUCUGGGUGCUGGAUCGUCUAAGAACUGUGCAAUAUCUCUUCCUCAGCGAGUUAAUCCAGCCAUGUUAAGCUUGAUUCUCGAUUACUGCAGAUUUCAUCAAGUACCUGGACGUUCUAAUAAGGAGCGUAAAGUUCAUGAUGAAAAAUUCAUCCGGAUGGAUACAAAGCGGCUCUGUGAGUUAGCCUCAGCCGCUGAUAGUUUGCAGUUGAAGCCUUUGGUUGAUCUUUCUAGUCGUGCACUUGCACGGAUUAUAGAGGGGAAAACCCCUGAGGAGAUACGUGAAAUAUUUCAUUUACCAGAUGACCUUACUGAGGAGGAGAAACUAGAGCCUCUGAAGAACUUGAUGGAUGAUCCACGUAUCCGACUCUUGAAUAGAUUGUAUGCGAAGAAAAGAAAGGAGUUGAAAGAAAGAGAAAAACUUAAGGGUAAAGAGGUUGAAGAACGAGUCGACGAGCGUUCUGUGGAUGACCUUUUAUCGUUUAUUAAUGGCAAAGAUCACAAGGUGGUAAAGACUUCCAAGAGCAAAAAGAAGAACAAGAAAAGGAAGGAGCAUAAAAAUAAGGUUUCACAUAAUUUGCAUUCCAAGCAACAAGGUGUCCAAAUUGUUGAUGAGACUGCCUCCAGCCUGGGAGGGGUAUCUAAUUUACCCAGUAUGGAAGAUGAUAUAUUUUCACUGAAGACCGACUCUGAAGAUGGUUAUGUAGAUGAUGGAAUGGAUCCAGUUUUGAAGGAAAUGCUUGAUAGGGAAGUAGAGGAUUUUGCUCGGAGAUUGAACUCAAGUUGGGUUCUAUCUUCAGGACAAGAAAGGCAGCCUGUGCACUUUUCCAUAAACGGCAAUGGGGCUACAAGGCGAUUAACAGGUACACAUGACAAGCCUUUUUGUCAGGGUUAAUCUUUAAGGUGGUGAUGUUGAACUGAAUAUCGAGUCUUGGAUAUAGCUAUAGAUGACUGAUGGGAGAGAUAGUUCAGUUUGCCUUCGGUUUUGAACAUUGAAGGACCAGCUGCAGGACACAAAUGAAGCUGAUAACUCUAUAGCCCAAUGGCUGGAACAGUUUUGGUGAUCCCCACACAUUUAGAUUGUAAGCAAUUAGAGAGAGAGUGGUGUUCUUCAUGGGUGUCCCCUCCUGUAAUAUAUUGCUUUUGUUUUUUUUUUGUUCUCAUAAACUGUUAUCUUUCGUUGAUCCGAGAGUUUAGGAUGCAGUUUUGCUUCUCUUUUGAUCAACCUUUGUAUACCAACUUUUUAAUUAUUUAUUGGUUACCUUUCUGUA